AGGGCAGGCGGCCGGGGGGCGGGACUCCCUCCCUCAUCUUCUCGCCGACAAGAUGGCGGCAGCGGUGGGGAUGGCGGCGCCAACGGCUUUGUUUCCCGCGCGCGCCUGAAGCCCGCUUGGCCCGGCCGGCCGUGGCAACAGCAGCAGCGGAGGGAGCGGCGGCGCAGGAGGCGGCGGCGACAUGACCGCGGAGCCCGUGAGUGAAAGCAAGUUGAAUACAUUGGUGCAGAAGCUUCAUGACUUCUUGGCUCACUCAUCUGAAGAAUCGGAGGAUGCAAAUUCUCCUCCAAGACUCUCUGUGAGCAAAAAUACAGAUAACAUUAGUAUGCCUGGAAAUAUUCCAGCACCAAUGGAAAACAGCAGGGAAGAGGGUAGUAGCUCUUCUGAAAAAUCCAAAUCAUUAGGAUCAUCGCGUUCCAAAAGGAAACCUACAGUUGUAACAAAAUAUGUUGGUUCAGAUGAUGAACAGCCCUUAGAUGAAACUAUGGAUCAAGAUGUUUCGAAUGAAAACUCAGAAAAUGAUGUUGAUAUGAAAAGCUUACCUAAAGGUACAGUAGUUGUACAGCCAGAGCCAGUGCUGAAUGAAGACAAAGAUGAUUUCAAGGGACCUGAAUUCAGAAACAGAAAUACUGCCAAAAUGAAACCUGAAACUCAAAAAAAGCGUGGAGAGGAAGGGCUGCAUGGUAUUGUCAGCUGUACAGCUUGUGGUCAGCAGGUGAACCAUUUUCAAAAGGAUUCAAUCUACAGACACCCCACAUUGAAAGUACUAAUUUGCAAGACUUGCUUCAAAUAUUAUAUGAGUGACGACAUCAGCCGUGAUGCAGAUGGAAUGGACGAACAGUGCAGAUGGUGUGCUGAAGGUGGAAACUUAAUCUGCUGUGACUUUUGCCAUAACGCCUUCUGUAAAAAGUGCAUAUUACGCAACUUGGGCCGAAAGGAGCUGUCCACGAUAAUGGAUGAAAACAACCAGUGGCACUGCUAUAUCUGCCAGCCAGAACCUUUGCUGGACUUGGUCACUGCCUGUGACAGUGUCUUUGAAAACUUAGAACAAUUGUUGCAACAGAAUAAAAAGAGAAUCAGAGUUGACAAUGAGAAAAGUAAAAUGUAUGACAAUACACUUAAAUAUUCUUCAAAGAAAAAUAGUUCAAGUUGUAAUGGAGAAGGAAAGAAAUUGGAUCGUCCAUAUUCUGGUGCUCUAACCUAUUCUUACAAAGCAUUGAUGGUGCCAAAAGACCUGCUUAAAAAAACAAAAAAACUGGUUGAAACCACAACAAACAUGAAUGCUAGUUUUGUAAAUUUUUUGAAGGCGGCAACUGCAAAUGCUGAGAUAAACCCAACAGUGCACUUACGCCAGUUGAAGGCUUUUAAAUCUGUGUUGAGUGACAUCAAAAAGGCUCACAUGGCAUUAGAAGAGGGUCUGACUCUCGAGAUUCAGGCUCUGGAUACUAAAAUCAAGCAGAAAAAUACCAAAGUGAAAGAAACUGAAAUCAAAGCCGAUAACAGUGAAGUGAGAAAAACGGAAGGAAAGGAAUUCAAAGAACACAAAACUGCACCAGAGGUCAGUGAGCAUAUGGACCAGAAUGUAUUGAUGACAGAACGAAUGGGGAGCAAGAAAUCGAGCUGCAAAGAUAAAAAAUCUGGGAAAGCUGAUGAGCUUCAGUAUGAACCCAAUAGUACUGAGGCAACAGACAGGGACAUUGUAUCUGUCCCCUCCUCCGUUCCUGAAGAUAUUUUUGAGUCUUGUGUGGAAGCGCAGAAAGCAGCAGGUGAACAGGGCACUGGCAGCCGAGCAGCCGAGCAUGGGGCAGUAAAUGCAAACUCAAAAUCUAAAGACAAUAGGGGGGGAGUGAAAUUGACAAAAGUAACAAAAGAAUUGGUUGUGAAACUGACUCCAGUUUCCCUCUCCAGUUCUCCUGUAAAAGCUGAGGAUUCAGAUGGAAAGCCAGAAAAGGGAGAUAAGAGAGAAGGUGGAAAAGAGAACCAUAACAGUGCUACUGAAUGUCCACCUGAAAAUGAAAUCUCUUCAGUGGUAGAGGAUACAGAUCUCAGAAGGUCUCCACGUGUGAAAACCACCCCUCUGAGAAGGCCAGCAGAUAUAAACACCUUAACUUCUAAUUCAGAAGAGGACAGCAAUGAUGCAUACCGUGAAAAAAGCAGGAGAAAAUCCACACAAUCUAAACGAAAGAAAGAGAAGCCAAGUUCUCCAGACAGCACUGUUUGCAGUCCUCGGUCUAAUGCUCUCUCUGAGGUAAAGAAAGCAGAUACAGCGGACCAAAGUUCUGAUUCUGAAGAGAUACCUGCUGUUCUCCAAGAAGUCGCCAUGAUGAGUCACAGUUCUUCAGACAUUGACAGUAACAGUGAAAUGCCCAAGGAUGUCUUAAAUGAUUUAAACAGACAUCCAGCGAAGGAGGAUAAUGGAAAGCGAAAAAGAAAAUGUUCAAGUUCUGGAUCAGAUUUUGAUGCUAAGAAAGGCAAGUCAAGUAAAAAUCUAACUGCUGCUAAAAAGAAACGCCAAAACAACUCAGAUUCUUCCAAUUAUGAUUCCGAGCUGGAAAGAGAGACAGAGAAUUUGAGUAAAAUUGAGCCUGCAAAGAAAGCUGCAAAAAAGGGUCUAAAGAGAGAGAAUUGCGAUUCUUCAGAAGGGGAACCAAAUAAAAAAGGGGGGGGAAGUUCAAAGCAGCAGAGUGAAUCGUGCAAUGAAGUUGAUGAUGAACUCUCCAAUCCAGAUGAGAAGCUUCUGAAUUCUUUGGAAGAUGCAUCUUGUAAAGAGACCACUGUUAAGGAGAAGCGAACAAGGGAGAGAUCCUCCAAAAGCAAACAGACUGACAUGCCUGAAAAAGAGGAGAGUAAUGACUCAGGCAAGACAAGCAGUCCUUUGGCAAAGGAAGGGCAGGAUUCUUCUUCUGAGGAUACAGGGCAGUCUUUAAAGAGAGAGCAGAGUGGUGAGUCAUCAGAUGAUGCUAGAAAGAAAGUUAGAAAAGGUGCAAAAGAAAAGGAGAGUGGGAACCAGAGAAAAACUCCUGCAAAAGGGCAAAAUGAUUCCUCUUCUGAAAUUGAGAAGUCUUCACCUGAAAAAGAGGGUUGCAGAAUUUCUGGAAGUAGCAGUAAGAAACCAGGUCCUAUUGAGGGAAAGACGAGAAGGAACCUGAGAGAGAGAACUUCUAAGAAGCUCCCAGGUAAUUCAGAUACUGAGAAGUCUCCCAAGAAAGAACAGGCCGGUGAUACUUCAGAUGACAACUUAAAUGCAAAAGGAAAUCAUGCUAAAGAAAAGAAAAAAGCAAGCCCCAAAAGGAGAAAUUCCAAAAAUGUGACAGGCAAUUUAUUGUCCUCUUCUGAUGAAGACUAUUAUGAGGAGAAAAAGAACAAAGCAAGAGGGGCAGCUGUCAAAGGAAGUAAGAAGAGUAAUCGCAAAGAAAGAGGAAGAACUAAUGCUAAAACGACAAAGAAUGACAGUACUACCAGCACUUCUUCAUCGUCAAAUGAAGCUGAGAAUGAAGACCUGGAUUCUGGAGGCGAGGCAAGCAGUGAUGAGCAGAAGAUUAAGCCGGUGACAGAGAGCAUGUUGGGGGCUUCAAAAAUUGGAUUUUGUCAAUCUUCAGGAGAUGAAGGAGAGAAUAAAUCGGGAACUGUACCAAUGGAAGAGGAGGAGGAUGAUGACGAUGAUCCUGAGAAUAGAAUUGCCAAGAAAAUGCUUUUAGAAGAAAUCAAAGCCAAUCUUUCCUCAGAGGAGGAUGCUUCUUCUGAUGAUGAAGAGCUGGAUGAUAAGAAGAAGAAGAAGAAGAAGGGGAAGCAAACUGAAAACACAGGCGACAAUGAAGAGAAUGAACUGGAAGAGGACUCGGACUCGGACUCGGACUCUGACUCUGACUCAGAUGCUGAAGAAGCUAAGAAACCAAGAUAUAGACACCGAUUGUUGAGACACAAGUUGACAAUGAGUGAUGGCGAAUCUGAGGACGACAAGGGAAAAUCUAAAGAAGCGAAAGAAGUUAAACGCAGAAAUAGAAGAAAAGUGAGCAGUGAAGAUUCAGAUAAUUCAGAAGCUAAUGAAUCUGGAGUCAGCGAAGACUUCAGCGAGUCUGAAGAUGAUCAGCGUCCACGAACAAGGUCUGCUAAGAAGGCGGAGCUAGAAGAAAAUCAGCGAAGUUACAAGCAGAAAAAGAAAAGACGGCGCAUCAAGGUCCAGGAAGAUUCAUCCAGUGAAAACAAGAGUAAUUCUGACGAUGAAGAAAAUGAUGAUUCAAAAUCUCCUGGGAAAGGAAGGAAAAAAAUAAGAAAGAUUAUUAAAGAUGACAAGCUCAGAACAGAAACACAAAAUGCACUGAAGGAAGAGGAAGAGAGAAGGAAACGUAUCGCGGAAAGGGAACGAGAGAGAUUGAAGCUAAGAGAAGUACUAUUGCAAUCUUAUAUUCCGGUGAUAGAACUAGAAGAUACACCACUCAAGUGUCCAAUUACAACUAAGUUGGUUUUAGACGAAGAUGAAGAAACCAAAGAACCAAUAGUACAGGUUCACAGAAACAUAGUUACGAAAUUGAAGCCACAUCAAGUAGAUGGUGUUCAAUUUAUGUGGGAUUGCUGCUGUGAAUCUGUGAAGAAAACAAAGAAAUCUUCAGGCUCUGGAUGUAUUCUGGCCCACUGUAUGGGUCUGGGAAAGACCUUACAGGUAGUUAGUUUUCUUCAUACUAUUCUGUUGUGUGACAAACUGGAUUUCAGAACGGCUCUUGUUGUUUGUCCACUGAACACGGCCCUGAAUUGGUUGAAUGAAUUUGAGAAAUGGCAAGAAGGUUUAGAAGAUGAUGAGAAACUAGAGGUUGGCGAACUGGCAACAGUGAAGCGCCCUCAGGAGAGGAGUUACAUGCUGCAGAGAUGGCAGGAUGAAGGAGGCGUCAUGAUUAUAGGCUAUGAGAUGUACCGUAACCUUGCCCAAGGAAGGAACGUGAAGAGCAGGAAGCUGAAAGAAAUAUUUAACAAAGCACUCGUUGAUCCAGGCCCUGAUUUUGUGAUAUGUGAUGAAGGACACAUAUUAAAAAAUGAGACUUCUGCUGUUUCCAAAGCUAUGAAUUCUAUAAAGUCCAGGAGGAGGAUCAUUCUUACAGGAACUCCUUUGCAAAACAACCUCAUAGAAUAUCACUGCAUGGUUAACUUCAUCAAGGAGAACUUGCUUGGGUCAAUAAAAGAGUUCCGAAAUCGAUUUAUAAAUCCAAUCCAAAAUGGACAGUGUGCAGACUCUACCAUGGUAGAUGUCAGGGUGAUGAAAAAGCGCGCCCACAUCCUAUAUGAAAUGUUAGCCGGAUGUGUUCAGAGAAAAGAUUAUACAGCACUAACAAAGUUCCUGCCACCAAAAUAUGAAUAUGUUCUAGCUGUAAGAAUGACCCCUCUUCAGUGUAAGCUCUAUCAGUACUACUUGGAUCAUUUAACAGGUGUCGGCAACAGCAGUGAAGGUGGAAGAGGCAAAGCUGGAGCAAAACUCUUCCAGGAUUUCCAGAUGUUAAGCAGAAUUUGGACUCACCCUUGGUGCUUGCAGCUGGACUAUAUUAGCAAAGAGAAUAAGGGCUAUUUUGAUGAAGACAGUCUUGAUGAGUUCAUAGCAUCAGAUUCUGAAGAGACAUCAGUCAGCUUAAGCUCCGAUGAAUAUACAAAAAAGAAGAAGUCAAAGGGCAAAAAAUCCAAGAAGGAUAGUAGCUCCAGUGAAAGUGGCAGCGAUAAUGAUGUCGAGGUGAUUAAAGUCUGGAACUCAAGAUCUCGUGGAGGUGGAGAAGGAAAUGCAGAAGAAUCAGCAAGCAAUCCUCCAGCCAUUGCAAAAGCAGAAGAAGGUAAAACCACCCCCUCUUCCAACCCUGGCAGCCCAGCUCCGGACUGGUACAAAGACUUUGUCACCGAUGCGGAUGCUGAAGUGUUGGAGCAUUCUGGGAAGAUGGUACUUCUCUUUGACAUUCUUCGCAUGGCUGAGGAACUUGGGGAUAAAGUCUUAGUUUUCAGCCAGUCCCUGAUAUCUCUGGAUUUGAUUGAAGACUUUCUUGAUCUGGCAAACCGGGACCAAGAAGAAGGCAAACCUGUAAUAUAUAAAGGUGAAGGCAAAUGGUUCCGAAAUAUUGAUUAUUAUCGUUUAGAUGGCUCUACUACUGCCCAGUCAAGAAAGAAGUGGGCUGAAGAAUUCAAUGAUGUGACUAAUGUCAGAGGCCGUUUGUUCAUUAUCUCCACUAAAGCAGGAUCCCUCGGGAUCAAUCUGGUGGCUGCUAACAGAGUGAUCAUUUUUGAUGCCUCUUGGAAUCCAACCUAUGAUAUCCAGAGUAUCUUCAGGGUUUACCGUUUUGGGCAAAACAAAGCCGUGUUUGUUUAUCGGUUCUUGGCUCAGGGGACAAUGGAAGACAAGAUAUAUGAUCGUCAAGUAACCAAACAGUCAUUGUCUUUCCGGGUGGUUGACCAGCAGCAGGUAGAACGGCACUUCACCAUGAACGAACUCACUGAGCUCUAUACUUUUGAACCAGACUUGUUGGAUGAUCCUAAUUCAGAAAAGAAGAAGAAAAGGGAUACACCAAUGUUGCCCAAAGAUACAAUUUUGGCGGAACUGCUCCAGAUCCACAAAGAACACAUCGUGGGCUACCAUGAGCAUGAUUCCCUCCUGGACCACAAAGAGGAAGAGGAGUUGACGGAAGAGGAGAGGAAGGCAGCCUGGGCUGAAUAUGAAGCGGAGAAAAAGGGCCUGACGAUGCGUUUCAACAUGCCGGUGGGGGCCAACAUGUUCCACCCCAGCUUCAACGCUCAGACCCCCUAUAUUCCUUUCAAUUUGGCAGCCCUGUCUGCCAUGAGCAACCAGCAGCUGGAGGAUCUCAUUAAUCAAGGCAGAGAAAAAGUCAUGGAAGCGACUAACAAUGUCACUGGAGCAAGAAUUCAGCCCCUUGAAGACAUAAUUUCUACUAUAUGGAAGGAGAAUCUGACCCUCACAGAGUCCCAGGUCCAGGCUCUGGCCCUGAGCCGACAGGCAAGCCAGGAACUCGACGUGAAGCGCCGGGAAGCGAUCUACAAUGACGUCCUGACCAAGCAGCAGAUGUUAAUCAGUUGCGUUCAGAGGAUUCUGAUGAACCGAAGACUACAGCAGCAGUACAAUCAGCAGCAGCAGCAGCAGCAGCAGCUGUCCUACCAGCAAGCAGCCAUGAGCCACCUGAUGAUGCCAAAGCCUCCUGGUUUGAUUAUGAAUCCUUCCAACUUCCAACAGAUCGAUAUGAGAGGAAUGUAUCAAUCCGCUGCUGGUGCGCUGCAUCCUCCGCCCUUGCAGCGUGCUCCUCCCCCAAUGGGGGGCAAAAAUCCAGGACCAUCCCAAGGGAAAUAAUGUGAUUUUGCACUAAAAGUUUAAAGGAUUGUUAAAAUCAGAGAGAGAGAGAGAGAGAGAGAACUUUUUUAUUUUUUUAGGAAUCAAUGGCUUAACAGAACUCAACUGUAUAAAUAGUUUGAGUGAUCCCCCCCACCCCCCGUUCAUCGCCACGUUCCAUUUUAGCAUUUCCACUUUGUUUUGAUAGGCGUGACCUUCCCCCUGAUAUUUGUCAGUGAUGUUGCCUAGAAUCUUCUUACAUGUGUUACGUACAGGAGAUAUCCAGUUGUUUUCAGUGAAAACAGGUCCUUCCAUAACAUUAGGGGCUACACAGGUUUCCUGUCUAAACUCCUACGCUUGCUGUUAGUAGCCAUAAAAACAGCCGUCAAAUAGGAGAAGCUUAGGGAAGUUAACACAGAUCUGUAUAUUUCGGUUGUCAUACAUAAACGUACACAGCUGAGUUCUUGAUUAAAGUUGAUUCCUCAAAUUAUGGAACUUUUAAAUAUUUCCCAUUUCUUGAAGGAGUAAGUCAAGACAGAACUAACAUGAAGAUGUAUUCUGCUCUAUCAUUUGCAUUGGGAAAAUGAAGCAUAGGAACGGAACGUGAUCUUAUGACAGAACUGAGUGCAAUAUUCUUAAAUACUACUGCUCUAAAGCGUCCGGAUCGUCCUGCAGUUUUCUGGAAACUGUGUCUGCAGCCUUAAGUCAUGGCUCGAGGAGGCGAGUUCUCCUCUUGCCUCCUGCCACUUUUUAUUUCAUCUUUGUGAUGGAAUAACAGCAAGUAACCUUAAGCUUACAGGUGUUUGUCCUCCACCAAUGCGUCUUGCCCUGUGCUGAUUCUGAUGCAAAGCACAUUCCCGCUCACUUGUUCACACUGGUGCUAGUGUUUCCUCCUGGUGCAGGGCUGUGCGAGAAGCCCAUUCCUGGCACUUUGGGGCUUGGAAGCUGCGGCAGUUGUUGAUCAGGCCUGGGUGCUGUAAGCAGCCAUCAAAUGGCCAAACCAUUUUGCUCUCAACACAUAAAUGAAUAUGUGCUUUCAGAAUGCAGUAUUGCCAGAAAUUGUGAAAUAACCUUCCUUUUAUAGAUAAGUAUCUCUGGCUACCUUGUGUUCCUCUCCCUUCCCAUUUCUCAUUAUUUUAAGAAUAUGAAAUGGGGGAAAACCAGCUUGUUGCUUUUGUUUGUUUGUUUCAGUCCUAGAUAAGAAGUAAAUUUCUAAUUAAUUACACUUCAUUAACAGCUACUUUCCAACAUUAAAAUGAGAUCAUUGUCCAUUUUCUGUGCUUAUGAAGAUCCAGGUUGGCACCGUAAAGACUUUUCCUUGCAUUAGUCUAGCUGAUAUUUCCAAAACAGAUGGCUGUGUUUCUUUGUGGGGGUUUUUUAAAAUGUGGGCAUAAAAUUAAAUGAAGGGUGCAUAUCAGGUGCUGGGGUAGGAGUAAGAAAACUGGAAUUCUGGAGAUUGACGCUAGACACUGCUUGAAACAGCAAGAGUUGCUCAUGUGUCAUGUAAAAGUUUGGUUUCCUGUAUCGUUCUUGAACAUUUGGUUUUCCUUCUAUCCCGAGUGAGUUUGUCAGCAUCCAAACAAUACUAAUUUUGGGGAAUAACUCCUUUUUGAAGUGAAUGCCCUUUGGUUUGUGCUAUGAACGUAACUUAGUAGAUUUGCUGCAAGACAACACACAAGUUGCUGUUUCCAGUUCUGUGGUGAGAACCUGGGGGAAAUCUUCAGCCCCUGUUUGCCCAGUGGUGUAGCUCUGCAUUUAAUUUGUUGAGAAGAGGAAAGCUCUAAAAAUUGUUGUGUUCAGAAGAAAUGAAAAGAGAGACUUUCUGAGACAAAUGUUUGCAGGCGGGUGGAGCUGACCAGGAAAUUCCUACGUUUUUCUGAUACAUACAUACAUAUAUAUAUAUAUAUAUUUACCACUAGAGCUGGGGAUUUGAGUGGCAUUUUUACACAACUCCUCAAGAGACUUAAAUGUGGAAAUUUUAGGCAACAUUUUUGAAGACACGUUUUUUUUGCCCUGGAUAAAGAAGACAACUAAUGUGUGUGAGGAGAUCUUGGAGACAAGAAGCAUUAAAGUAAACCUUGGACCACUUGCGUACAUAUUUCUCACGUGACCUUAUAGCUGCAUAAUAACGUGUUUUUGAGUAUAACAUCAAGCUUAACCAAUAUUUAAAGACAUCAGUAAAAUAAAAAGCUCAUUUUUAUAUUUGUUUUAGAUGUUUUAACUAGUUGAAAUGGCUUAUAUAAGAUGAUGAAUAAAAAUGUUGCUCGUAAUACAGUUUUGCCUGCUAAAUUCUCCACCUUUUGUAACCUGUUUAUUCCUUUGGAUGUAAAGCGUUUUUGCUUAGUAUUGUGAUACUGUACAUGUUUUUGUCCCAGUUGUAUAGUAAUGUUUCAGUCCCUUAACCAGCUUUGGCUGCUGAAAUCAUACAGCUGUGAAGACUUGGCCUUUGUUUCUGUUUAGACGGCUUUUUCAGUUCUGUAUUAAAUAUCAUAAAAAGUACUGUAGAAAAGAUGUCACUUCUUCCUCUAAGGCUGUUUUGUAAAAUAUAUAUUAAGGACUGGAAAUGUGUUUUUAAAGAGAAGCAUUCAAGUAUGACAAUAUGCUAUCUGUGUUUUCACCAUUCAAAGUGCUGUUUGGUAGUUGAAACUUAAAACUAUUUAAUAUCUCAUUUAAUAAAGUGACCAAAAUACA